CAUCCCGAUUUUCUCAUUUUCAAAAUCUCAGAUCCACACCCCUCUAUUUCUCCUGAAUCAUGGUCGUCAUCUCCGUCUCUACCCUCUCCCCCAAUGAUUUCUGAUUUCCUCGUAAAACCCUAGCAUUUCAAUCCUUUUGAUCCUCUGCAAACCAACUCAAAAUUUGAUAUAAUCAUACUUACAAUCAGAAGCGAAGAUGUAUAUGGCGUACGGAUGGCCUCAGGUGAUCCCUCUGGAAUCAGGGCUAUGUCCAACUUCGCAGCAGAUCAUAUACCUUAAAGUUGUUGAUCGUUUAUUGUUAGUUGUUUGCCCUUCUCAUUUUGAGCUGUGGAGCUCUUCGCAGCAUAGGGUGAGAUUAGGGAAGUACAAGCGAGAUCCGGAUUCAAUAGCAAGAGAGGGGGAAAAUGUGCAGGCUAUCUGGAGCCCUGAUACCAAAUUAAUUGCUGUUCUUACAUCUUCAUUUUAUCUUCACAUAUAUAAAGUCCAGUUUAUGGAGAAAAAAAUACACAUAGGAGGAAAACAACCAUCCAGUCUAUCUCUUGCGAAUAUUUCUCUACUUAUGAAUGAGGAAGUCCCCUUUUCAGAAAAGGACUUGAUGAUGAGCAAUAUCAUUUGUGACAGCAAAAACUUGUUGGUUGGACUUUCAAAUGGAAGUUUGUAUAAUAUGUCUUGGAAGGGUGAGUUUUAUGGAGCCUUGGAUCUUGACUUCCAUUUGAACACUGGAAAUGGCCAUACAAAAUUGUCUAAUGGUGUUGUAUCAUCCAGUCAUUCUCUGUCUAGAAAAUCAGCCAUCACUUAUUUGGAGUUUUCAUUGCCACUAAGGCUGUUAUUUGUUCUAUUCUCUGAUGGACAAUUGGUGCUAUGUUCCAUAAGUAAAAGAGGUCUGAAGCAAGCUGACUCGGUCAAACCCGAGUAUCGGUUAGGCUCUGGCGAUGCGGUAUGUGCUUCCAUUUCGCCAGAUCAUCAAAUCCUUGCUGUUGGCACCAGAAGAGGUGUCAUAGAGUUGUAUGAAAUUAGCGAACCCAUUUCACUUAUUCGUUCUGUUUCCUUACACGAUUGGGGAUAUUCAAUGGAUGAUACUGGUGCGGUUAGUUCUAUUUCAUGGACACCUGAUAGUUCUGCUUUUGCAGUUGGAUGGAAAUUAAGAGGACUUACAGUUUGGUCUAUUUCUGGUUGUCGUUUGAUGUCUACAAUCCGUCAAAUUGGUUUAAAUUCCGUGUCAUCUCCAGGGGUAAAGCAAAACCCAGAUGGAAAUUAUGAACCUUUAAUGAGUGGGACCUCGUUUAUGCAGUGGGAUGAAUAUGGUUAUAGACUUUAUGCUGUUGAAGAAGGUUCUUCAGAGAGGAUACUUGCGUUUUCUUUUGGGAAAUGUUGCCUUAACAGAGGGGUUUCGGGUAAAACCCAUGUUAGACAAGUUAUCUAUGGUGAAGAUCGGUUACUUGUUGUCCAAGAUACAGAUGAACUCAAGUUAAUGCAUCUUAAUCUUCCAGUUUCUUAUAUUUUCACAAAAUUGGCCUGUUCUUCAUGUGGCAGCCAGUGAGGAUGGGAUGUAUUUGGCAGUUGCUGGUCUUCAUGGGUUGAUUUUAUAUGACAUUCGAUUAAAUCGAUGGAGAUUUUUUGGGGAUGUGACUCAAGAACAAAAGAUUCAAUGUACAGGCUUGUUAUGGAUGGGAAAGAUUGUUGUUGUUUGCAACUACAUCGAGCAAUCCGACAUGUAUGAGUUGCUAUUCUACCCAAGAUACCAUCUUGAUCAGAGCUCACUUCUGUAUCAAAAACCAUUGCUUGCAAAACCCUUGGUGAUGGAUGUCUAUAAUGCCUAUUUACUUGUGACUUACCACCUGUUUGAUGUCCAUAUAUUUCAUGUGAAGUUAUCUGGAGACUUGACUCCUUCCAGUACCCCUAUUUUACAGCUUUCUACAGUACGAGAGUUAUCCAUCAUGACUGCAAAGUGCCACCCCUGCUGCAAUGCGUUUUAUACCUGAUCAACCAGAAACUGAUGCCUCCGUUAAAGACGUUUCAUCAUCAUCAUCAUCAUCAUCAUCAGAAAAAGAACCCAUUAGAUGUUUGAUACUAAGGGCGAAUGGGGAACUGUCAUUACUUGAUCUAAUUGAUGGUCGUGAAAUGGAGCUUACAGAGUCUAUAGAAUUGUUUUGGGUUACAUGUGGAAGAUCAGUGGAUAAAACAAAUUUGAUUGAAGAAGUUUCAUGGUUAGACUAUGGCCAUCGUGGAAUGCAGGUUUGGUAUCCAUCUUCAGGUGCAGACCCCUAUAAACAGGAAGAAUUCUUACAGCUGGAUCCUGAGCUUGAAUUUGAUCGUGAAGUGUAUCCACUUGGUUUGCUUCCAAAUGCGGGAAUUGUAGUUGGAAUUACUCAGAGACUGUCAUUUUCAGCAUGCACUGAGUUUCCAUGUUUUGAGCCAUCUCCUCAAGCUCAAACUAUACUACAUUGCCUACUUCGCCACCUUCUUCAGAGAGAUAAAAGUGAAGAAGCUUUACAACUGGCUCGAUUAUCAGAGGAGAAGCCUCAUUUUUCACAUUGCUUAGAGUGGCUUCUUUUUACUGUUUUUGAAGCUGAAAUUUCCAGCCAAAAUGCAAACAGAAAUCAGAGCCCUUCUCUUUUGGAGAAAACUUGUGAUUUAAUAAAGAAAUUUCCAGAAUAUUUUGAUGUUGUUGUUAGCGUGGCAAGAAAGACUGAUGGUCGACAUUGGGCAGACUUGUUUUCUGCUGCUGGUAGAUCAACCGAGUUGUUUGAAGAAUGUUUCCAAAGGAGAUGGUAUCAAACUGCAGCUUGCUAUAUACUUGUUAUUGCAAAGCUUGAAGGAGCGCCUGUGAGUCAAUACUGUGCUCUACGGUUGUUACAGGCCACACUGGAUGAAUCUUUAUACGAACUUGCUGGGGAGUUGGUGAGAUUUCUGUUGAGAUCUGGAAGGGAAUACGAACCUACAACGCCAACAGAUUCGGAUAAAUUAUCUCCAAGAUUUCUUGGAUACUUUCUUUUUCCUUCUAGUUAUAGGAGACAGUCUACAGAGGCAAGAAGCCCUUCAUUCAAAGAGCAGAAUGCACAUGUUGCUUCUGUCAAGAAUAUCCUAGAAAGUCAUGCUAGCUACUUGAUGUCUGGGAAAGAACUCUCCAAGCUUGUUGCGUUUGUGAAAGGCACCCAGUUUGAUCUAGUGGAAUAUUUACAAUGGAAGUGCUCGUUUGGAGAAUUUUGCUUCUGGACUCGAAUUGAUAGGCCAGAAGCUUCAAAUGGGAACCUUGCAAAGCGAUCUGAGGUUCUCAUUGAUUUAUUUCGCCAUGAUAUGCGACUCUGGAAAGCAUAUAGUGCAACACUGGAGUCGCAUCCAUCGUUUUCUGAAUACCAUGAUUUGCUGGGAAGCUUGGGAGAGAAACUUUCAUCCAAUGAAAUUACAGAAGAGGCCUGAUGAGAACACAAAUAAAUCAAACUAGGUUGUAUCAUUUUGUAUUUGCGGUUCAAUUUAUUGGUUUUCUGAUUAUGAGAAAAGUUGCUUUUACACUUACAUGUAGUUUUCUUUUUUGGACGAUUAUCUAAUGUAUAUAAGAUGUUUUUCUCAAGAAAAGGUAGCUUUUG